AUGGGACCUCGAAAGCAGCUGAAGUCGACUCCCCCAGCCACAGACCCGAGCACCCCAACGUCCACUUCGGAUCUGACUCAACAUAACAGCUCGGCGUCGCCCAAGCGAGCCAGUAACCCGGCUUGGACGACCAAGACUUGGCCUCAUGGCAGGAAAGCCGCUGCUGUGACAGAAGUUGCUCGGGAGAGCAUAUCUGCAGCUGGAAACAUAACCUCGGAAUUAGUCUCUUCGACGACUUCUCUCCCUCAAAUCCGAACCCCGAAUCGGCCUGGCUCGAUACAAUUAAUUAAAAAGACCUCCGCCUCGAACCGCUCUCUUCCGGCCGAUGCCACAACGACUCUUAUCAAUAUUGACUCGAAUAGAUCGGCCUCGGAUUCAGCGGUGAACAAAGGUGUACUACAAUCCGAUAUCAAAGGAAGUGAAGAUAUUGAAGCAUCAACACCGAAUCAAGAUUCUGCACUGAUCAAGGAGGACACCAACACGGAAGCGCCCGUUGCUCCAGAUAAUACCCAAACAAACCCUACCCCCGAAAAAGAACCACAGUCUAAUGAAAGACCUACAUCUACCUGGUUCGGCUGGCUUGGUUUAGGUAGGACGACGGAUAAACCGAGUACGGAAGUGGGCGGUAUGGGGGAAUCUGAGUCAACGCCAGCUGCCGCAGAUUCCGAGUCAUCGAAAGUUGCCGGAAAUGUAACAGAGGCAGACAAAGCGCCUGGAACUGAAAUUCCUCCAAAUGAUCAGCAAAAGCAAAAUGACACGAAUGCUCCUGCACCACCAAAACGUUCAUGGAUGCAGAUGUGGGGAACGACUAAUGCUAGUCAAGUCAAAGAGCCGCAAGAGGGGGCUUCGGUGAAAGAACCUCGCAUCGAACAGGGCGAGCCUAUGGAACAGGACACUGCUGCCACAGGCGAUAAUCAAAACAUACAACCUGACAAGACCCAAGAUGCUGACUCGCAAAAACGAAGGUCAGGACCUAGCAAAUCAAGCGGGUGGGCUUUCUGGUCCAGAGAUAUCUCAAAUAUGGAGCAGAAACCAGGGUCCGAGAGUCAACAAGAGCCCGGCGAGUUGGUUGUGUCAGGACAACCAAAGGUGCAAUCCAACUCUGAGGAUGUAGUUGCUCGGGUUGACAAUAGCACGAGCCCAGCGUCAACAAUCAAAUCACUGCAAAAGUCUAAGAAGAAGACUACCAAAUCAGUGGACAUCAAGAACGCAAAAUCAGUCGAAGUGGUUGAAGAUACUACAGACGCAACAACGACAACCACCCUAGCCUCUGCUGCACAAACAUCUGAAGUUAGCGCUUCAACAAAGCUUGAGAGCGUUCUUACAAAUCAAUUGCUCCCUUCCUUUAAGGAUACAUUUGCUCUACAAGAAUCACCAUCAUGGCUGAAGACUCUUGGACGUAUGAUAUAUUCCCCAAAAGAUUCACGAAAUCGACAUGUUUUUGCACUCCGUGAUCCGCCUCGUCCGAAAAAAGCGCUGGCUAUAGGGGUUCAUGGUUAUUUCCCUGCCCAAUACUUGCGUACGGUGCUCGGCCAGCCAACCGGGACGUCUCUCAAAUUCUCGACCAUGGCGGCAAAGGCAAUCCAUCAAUGGGCCGACAGCCACGGAUACCACUGCGAUGUUGAAAAGAUUGCUUUAGAGGGAGAAGGCCGCAUCGCCGAAAGGGUUGAUCUGUUAUGGAAACUACUCCUGAAAUGGAUAGAAGAAAUCCGAAAAGCUGAGUUCAUAAUGUUUGCGUGCCAUAGCCAAGGUGUCCCGGUUACGAUUAUGCUUGUUGCAAAGUUGAUUGCCUUUGGAUGUCUGGACGCAGCUCGCGUGGGAGUAUGUGCUAUGGCUGGUGUGAAUUUGGGCCCGUUUCCGGACUAUAAAUCAAGAUUCAUUGGGGGAUCUGCAGGAGAGCUCUUUGACUUUGCACAUCCGACCACAAAAGUCUCGAGAGAUUAUGAAGACGCAUUGAAAACGGCAUUGGACUUUGGAGUGCGGAUCUCUUAUGUUGGUAGUAUAGACGAUCAGUUGGUUUCGUUAGAGUCAUCUCUAUUUGUCCCGGUAUCUCAUCCAUACAUCUAUCGAGCCGUAUUUGUGGACGGAAGAGUCCACGCGCCGAGCUUCCUCUCUCACCUUGUAGGCUUUGCCCUAAAACUCCGCAACCUCGGCAUCCAAGACCACGGCCUCAUCCGCGAACUCAGCGCCCCUCUGGUCGGCAGCCUCGUCGGCGGCGAAGGCCAUUCCCGCCUCCACGACGAAGAGAACAUAUACUACACGGCAGUCCAAUUCGCCCUCGAAACAUCCACAAUCACCUCCCCACCCCCUUCCCUGCACAUACAACGACACAACCUCACCUUAACGCCAAACCCGUACAUCCUACCCUUUGCAUUACGCGGUCUUCUAGAAGAAGACUACGUGCGGCACGAACUACACGAAGAGAGCCUGGAAUUACUUCGACAAUUCGAUGAAUGGAAACCAGCGACGAAAGUGCUCCGAGAUGUCAAGUUUCGGUUAGAGGGGAUUCGAUCUAAGCUUUGA